AUGCAAUAUAAAUAUAUGUAUAGUCCUAGCAAACGGAAAGGAGGACAAGUUCGUUUCACAGCAAAUCAAACGGACAUUUUGGAGAAAAGGUUUUGUUCUAAUAAAUAUUUAAGUCCAGAAGAGAGAAAAGUUCUGGCGGAAUCUCUGAGUUUGUCCGAUAGACAAGUGAAAACUUGGUUUCAAAAUAGAAGAGCCAAAUGGAGAAGAAGUAAUUCUAACGGCGGACAACCUCAAGGUGCAAUGUCAAAUUCAACAGAUGGGGAUAUAAUUAAAACAGUUAAAGAAAAUUGAACAUAUUUAUUUUGAGAAUCAGGAUGAUGCCGAGUACAAAUGAGUUAGAACCGUGUGUCAGUUUUAGAAAUGCCUGUAAGGAAAUGUUGAUCAAGUGAAGGAUCCAAAAGACUGUAUACGAAUUUUAAAUGAAAUUUUGUAUAUAUAAAACAUUUAUUUUAAAAAAUAAAUUAGUUGCUAGCACAUAUUACAUCAAAUUUUAUUGAAAAUAGAUACGUAAAUUACGGUGUAAUGAAUAUUGGUAACAUGCAUGGUUGAUAUCACUUUUUAUUGUACUUUUUAUUAUGAAGUAUACUUGUAACUAGACUGGCGAGGAUUGCGAUGUUUCCUAAACCACUUUUGUAAACAAAAAAUGUAUAAAAUUCAAAUUUAAAGUUACGAGCCCACCUUAU